CACCUCUAGGGCACAGGCUGUAGCUCAUUCUGACCACUGCUCCUUUCCCAGGAUCACUUUUAAGAGGGUUUUUUUGCUUGUUUGGGGGGGGUUGCUGUUGUUUGGGUUUUUUUUUUUUUUAAGAUUUUUUUUUUUUAGAGCACCUUUACUUUCCAAUUUAAACACCACAAAAUGGCACCUAAGAAGGACGUAAAGAAACCAGCCGCAGCAGCGGCGCCUGCGCCGGCACCAGCACCAGCACCCGAGCCAGCCAAACCCAAAGAACCCGCCAUCGACCUCAAGAGCAUCAAGAUCGAGUUCUCCAAGGAGCAACAGGAUGACUUCAAGGAGGCCUUCCUCCUCUUUGACAGGACCGGUGAUGCCAAGAUCACCCUGAGCCAGGUUGGUGAUAUCAUCCGGGCGCUGGGGCAGAACCCUACAAAUGCCGAGGUCAACAAAAUCCUGGGAAACCCCAGCAAAGAGGAGAUGAAUGCCAAGAAGAUUACUUUUGAAGAGUUCCUGCCCAUGUUGCAAGCAGCUGCCAACAACAAGGAACAGGGCACCUUUGAAGACUUCGUUGAAGGUCUGCGUGUCUUCGACAAGGAGGGCAAUGGCACAGUCAUGGGGGCUGAGCUCCGUCACGUGCUGGCUACUCUGGGUGAGAAGAUGACAGAAGAGGAAGUAGACGAACUCAUGAAAGGCCAGGAAGACUCAAAUGGCUGCAUCAACUAUGAGGCAUUUGUAAAGCACAUCCUGUCUGUCUAAGUGGAAUUCUCCAGAUACCAAAUGAACAAGUCAAAUUCAGAAAGACCAGACGGCACUUAAGAUUUGCCCAAAAUUUUUGCUCAGUCUGUCACCAUCAACAUGGAAAUUGCAUAGAACUGGAUGAUGUGACUCCAACCCCAUCACUUUUUACCAGUACAGCCAUGGGUAUCACCUCUGGGUCACUACACCUUCAUCUAAGAAAUCUGAGUUUUCACCAAAGCGAACUAGAUGGAAUAAACUGCUACCAUCCAGGAUCCAUCCAUCCCAACAAACUAUUUCCAUGCUAUUUGCAAUGAAACAAUGUCAUUUCUUGGGAAAAUAAAGCAUCAAUAAAUCCCUGUGGUCACUUUGUGGCUA